AUGUUCACCGGCAAAACUUCCCAUGUGGGCGGCGAGAAGGAGCAAAAGGAACACAAGCUCGCCGAGGAGUCUGCCCAAGGGUUGAAGAAGAAGUUUCACAAUUUCAAGGUCAGCGCUACUCAUUUGAAGCAUCGAGUGGGCAAAUUCCAGAAUCUUCUCAAUCAAAACCAUCGCCACGAUGAGGAGCACGAAAAGGAAACGGAUGCCAAGCGGACCAGAAUCGGCGAGGGCCAUCGCUUCCAGUCCUUUGCUCCGGAGCGGGAAGGGAACAAGAUCAAGUGGUAUAUUGACGGCAGAGAUUACUUUCAUGCCGUUUCCGUCGCAUUGGAGAGGGCCACGGAGACCAUCUACAUUGAAGAUUGGUGGUUGAGUCCCGAAUUGUUCCUUCGCAGGCCUCCCGCUACUAACCAGAAGUGGCGUCUCGACAAUACUCUCAAGCGCGCCGCGGAGCGGGGUGUGAAGAUCUAUGUCGUCGUCUAUCGAGAGGUCGAGCAGGCCUUGACUUGCAAUUCCCAACACACCAAGAAAGCCCUUCAUGACCUGUGUCCCGAAGGAUCCCCCGGAUAUGGAAACAUCCGUGUCAUGAGACAUCCCGAUCACAAUGUGUUUGAAAACGCCGCUGAUAUGACCUUUUACUGGGCUCAUCAUGAAAAGUUUAUUGUAAUCGACUACAACCUCGCUUUCAUCGGAGGCUUGGAUCUGUGUUUUGGUCGAUGGGACGAUCAUCAGCACAUCCUCGCAGAUGCCCACCCUGCCGGUGUGGACAAUGAAAUCUUCCCGGGUCAGGACUGGAACAACAACCGGAUCAUGGACUUUCAGAGUGUGCAGGAUUGGAAGAGCAAUGAAGUCUCCAAGGCCGACUACGGCCGCAUGCCUUGGCAUGRUGUGGCCAUGGGAGUCAUCGGACCUUGCAUCUACGACAUCGCCGAGCACUUUGUUUUGAGGUGGAACUUUAUCAAGCGUGAAAAGUACAAGCGAGACGAUCGCUAUGACUGGCUAACUCUCACUGGCCGCACGGGAGAUAACGAGGAUCUUGUGGGAGUCCAAAGGCCCAAGCAUCCAGUGGGAGAGUACAUCCACCACCCUCUGACGCCUCUGGAGAAUAAGUAUGCCAAUCCGAAGAGGGGCAAAACAGCACAACACCCUCAUACCGAUGCAAACGAGUCGACUCAUGGCGUGGCUUCCCAUGACAACCCCGAUGACGGCUUCGACGCGGAGAAGCGGGAGAUGGAUGAACAUGGAUAUUAUAGUGACCAGCAUCGACGCGGCCAUGGACUGGGAAAGGAACUCAAAGAGCGCGGCAUCACCCUCCCGCACCGUCACAGCCAUCAAGACAUCAAUUUGACACAAGAAGCCGACUCGCAGCAGAAUGCUCAUGUUACUGGGAAUGACCCCAAAAAUGAAGGAGUCAUCACAGCGUCCGGCGGACUGGAAGAAAAGCGCAAAGGAUACCCAUCGGAGAGGGUGGAGCAAGGUGUGGUGGAGCUGGACGGUACUGUCCAUGCACAGCUUGUACGAUCAUCCGCCGAUUGGUCUUCUGGUAUCCUGGCCGAGUCGAGCAUCCAGAAUGCAUACUGUCAGGUCAUCCGAGAUGCAAAGCAUUUUGUAUACAUUGAAAAUCAAUUCUUCAUCACCGCUACUGGAGAAAWUCAGACUCCAGUCCACAAUCAGAUUGGAGCUGCGAUUGUUGACGCCUGCGUCCGAGCGGCGAAGGAGAAUCGCAAGUUUCGGGUCAUCAUCGUCAUGCCAGCAAUUCCGGGCUUCGCAGGAGACUUGAGAGACAACGCGGCCAUGGGUACCAGGGCUAUUAUGGACUACCAAUACAAAUCCAUCUGCAGAGGUGAUCACAGCAUUUACGGCAGGAUCAAGGAAGCGGGGUUCGAUCCCACCGAGUACAUCUUCGUGUUCAACCUACGCUCGUAUGAUCGUCUGAAUAAGACGCCUGCCUUGAAGCGACAAGAAGAGAAGAGUGGUGUCACCUACCAGGAAGUCCAGCGUGCACAAGCCGAGGAGGUCAUGUCUGAUGCUGUUCAUGGAAGUGAGAGCUUCGAGGGGGGAGGAAACGCUGGAGUCAGAGAGACUGCCAAGGAGGGAGGUAUCAAGGGACUUUUCAAGAAGACUAGAAGGACGAGCAUCGACUACAGUAAAGGUGGCGUGAUUGAGCCCGAGGAUCCCAACGACGACCCGGAAGUGUUGAGAAAGAAGAAGGAGAAGUUUGAAGCAGAGAAGGAGGUGGAGCAAGAGGCCGAACACAGCGCCGACUCCAUUGCGAAGAAUGCCAUGCUGGAUCAGAAGAAGCCGAGUGAGGAGCCAUAUAUUGGUCGUGAUGAGAAUGGUAAGAGAGUGGGUACUGAGGAUGAGGAUGAGGAGAAACGACAGCAGGAACUGGAGAACUUUGUCCAGGAAGAGCUAUACAUUCACGGCAAGCUCCUCAUCGUAGACGACCGCAUCGCCAUCUGCGGCUCCAGCAACAUCAACGACCGCAGUCAACUCGGCUUCCACGACUCCGAACUAAGCAUCGUAAUGGAGGACACCACUCCCCUCGAAUCCAAAAUGAACGGCGAGGACUUCACCGCCGGUCUCCACGCUGCCACUCUCCGCCGCAUGCUCUGGCGCGAACACCYCGGUCUCCUCCCCCCACAACCCCACGACGCGACCUCAGACCCCAACGCCCAACCCCCCGGCGACGCCGAUAACGACUGGCACUCGGGCGACGAAUGGGACACCUUCGUCACGGACCCUUUAUCGGAAGAAUUAUGGAAAAUGUGGACCAAACGCGCCACAGUCAAMACGGCGGUCUUWCGCCACAUCUUCCACGCGGAUCCCGACGAUAAUGUCAAAUCCUUUGAGGAUUAUGAUAAGUUUUUGGGGGCGAGGGGCAGUAGGAAGGAAGGGCAUGUGUAUGAUUUGUUUCAGCCGGUGGAUGUUGCUCGGAAGGAAUUGGAUAAAAUUGAGGGGCAUUUGGUUUGGUUUCCGUUGAAAUUUUUGGAGGAGGCGAAUAUGGCCGAGACGGGGUUGCAGGUUAAUUCUAUUACUGAGAGUGUUUAUACGUAA